AUGGCAUUUUUUAGGACUCAAGAGCGAACCAAAGAAAGGUUUUCUCUCUUGCUGCUGGAUUUGGAGGAAUACUUCUUUGAGCAACACACUGCAUACCAUGUGACAAGCCGGUCAAAAAAGGAGAGAAAAAUCAGGGGUUCGUUGAAGGUUUGUUCCAGAUCUGUCAUUUUUGAUCCAGAAGAUCUCACAGAGCCAAUUAUUAAGAUUCCGCUGCGGGACUGUAAGAAGAUUGAGUUUGUGGAGAAAGAAAACAACCCUUUCAAUGAACCUAAACCACCAAUCAUGUCUAUUUCAUGUGAACAGGUUAUUUUCAUCAAAGAGAGCAACGUCAUAUCACCUUACCGGAAUGAGAGGGGAACAAACAAAGUGACAUUUCAGUUGGAAGUUUGGAAUAAAACAGAAGAUGUUGUACAGACAUUACUGCAGCUCCACAGAGCUUCCUGCUUGGACAAAUUAGGGGACCAGACUGCAAUGAUUGCUGCUAAUCUACAGUCACGACUCGCAAGGUCAUCGUUUGACAAGAACUGCUUUCAGAGUGUUGCAGAAAAGCCUCACAUGGAGUGUGCAGUAGAGAUGGUCAUGCCUCUGGUAUCCAAUCCCGGCCACGUCUGCAUAACAGAUGAAAACCUCUACUUCCAGCCUCUCAAUGGAUAUCCGGAGCAUGUGAUUCAAAUAAAACUGCACCAAGUCAGGAGAAUCUACAAAAGACGGCACGGGCUAAGACCUCUGGGACUUGAGGUGUUCUGCACUGAGAAUGACUUCUGCUCGGACAUCUACCUGAAGUUUUACAACACAGCUGACAGAGAUGAAAUCUAUUACUACAUUGCUACUUUCCUGGAAAAUCACGUGACUGAACACACGGCAGAGAGUUACAUGUUGCAGUGGCAGCGCGGCCAUCUCAGUAACUACCAGUAUCUCCUCCACCUAAACAACCUGGCCGACCGCAGCUGCAACGACCUCUCCCAGUACCCCGUCUUCCCCUGGGUCAUUGCUGACUAUACCAGCACACAGUUAGACUUGACAAACGCUGACACAUUCAGAGACCUGAGCAAACCUGUGGGGGCUCUGAAUAAAGAGCGGCUGGACAGAUUACUGUCCCGCUACAGAGGCAUGCCCGAACCUCGCUUCAUGUUCGGGAGUCACUACUCGUCUCCAGGCUACGUUCUCUUUUACCUGGUCAGAGUCGCUCCAGAGCACAUGUUGUGCCUCCAGAAUGGCCGAUAUGACCAUGCAGACCGCAUGUUUAACAGCAUCAGAGAAACUUGGAAAAACUGCCUCGAAGGUGCAACAGACUUCAAAGAGCUGAUUCCAGAGUUUUAUGGGAGUGAUUCCAGCUUCCUGGAAAAUAGGCUGAACCUCGAUCUGGGAAGAAAGCAGAAUGGGCGGUCAGUUGGGGAUGUCGUCCUCCCACCUUGGGCCUCGGAUGCCAGCGAUUUCCUUAGAAAGCAUAAGACGGCUCUGGAGAGUCAGUAUGUCUCGGAGCACCUUCAUGAAUGGAUCGACCUGGUGUUUGGCUUCAAGCAGAAAGGAAGUGAAGCUGUGGCAGCUCAUAACGUGUUUCACCCACUGACCUACGAAGGAGGCAUCGACUGUGACAGCAUUGAGGACACGGAUCAGAGAAUCGCCAUGCUGACGCAGAUUCUGGAGUUCGGCCAGACGCCCAAACAGCUGUUCACCAGCCCGCACCCUCAGAGGAUCACACCGAGGUUCCAGAACAUCACACGAAGCCCCAGCAUUAACUCUCCCAUCAGUGAGCUGUCUCCAGCCUCCCAGAGUGACGACUCGUCAUUUGAAGACCUGACUGAGGAGAGCAGGAAGCUGGCCUGGGCAAACAUGGGAAGUCUGAAGCUCAUCUCCAGCCACAAGAUCCAUAAGGAAGCUGUGACAGGCAUUGCUGUGACCCGAGACGGAGCAUCUAUUUUCUCUACAUCGCAAGACUCAACACUUAAGAUGUUUUCCAGAGAGCUGAAGGAAUUCCAGAGAAGCAUGUCCUUCUCUAACAUGGCAUUAUCCUCUUGUUUGAUGCUGUCGGAUGGUAAAACAGUUGUGUGUUCUUCGUGGGACAACAAUGUAUAUUUCUACUCAAUCCCAUACGGCCGGCGGCAGGACACACUGAUGGGCCACGAUGACGCCGUCAGUGAGGUGUGUUGGUUCGAUGACCGACUUUACACAGCCUCCUGGGAUUCCACUGUUAAGGUCUGGCAGUGUGCUGUUAACAGCUCAUCCAGUCACAAGAGAUCCCAGUUUGAGCUGCUGGCUGAGUUGGAGCAUGACGCUGGUGUGAACACUGUGGGCCUGAACCCAGCUGGGACUCUUCUGGUGUCUGGCUGUAAAGAUGGGACAGUCUUCAUCUGGGACACCGACAGCUACAGAACUCUACAGCAAGUCCAGUGCCACGAUGGCACCAUUCACCACCUCGCCUUCAGUCCUGACAGCCGCCACGUUCUCAGUGUGGGUGCAGACUCCUGCAUGAAGGUCAUAGAUGUUCAGACAGGAAUGGUGAUCUCCUCAGUGAGGGCUGAGGAGGAGCAGAGGUGCUUCUACUGGGACGGGAACACAGUGCUGAGUGGAGGAAAGUCCGGUGCCCUCUUUCUGUGGGACCUGCUCAGCAACACCGUCACCAAGAAGAUCCCUGCACACUCAGGUGCUGUCACAGCCAUGUGGAUGAACGAGCUGUGCACCUCAGUGAUCACAGGCGGAGAGGACCGGCAGAUCAUCUUCUGGAAGCUCCAGUGUUAAAGGCCGGUUUCUGCAGAGCAGAGCCCACCAGCUGGGAAG